GGAAGCUGCAAGAGGGGUGUCUGGCCAUCCGCUUCCAUGAUGGAAAUUCCCCAGGCAGAGAUGGGAGGAAGGCAGAGAUGUGAAUGGUGCCCAGACAGAACUCUGGUGGAGCAGCAUGUGGGAGAUAGAGGGUUGCACCCUAGCCAGGGCCCAGCCUCUGGACAUGUUGUGAGCUUUUCUCGAGGGCAGAAGUGAAGUAUGGUUGGACAACAGCCAAACCCCACCACUCACCACAGGGAGGGGAUGUCACAAUAGCCUGGAAGGGUGACCCACAUCCCAGGCCUCAGCCACUUGCCACAUACCCGCAGCUCCCUGGCAUUCUUCCACCCAGGGCAGGCAGCGGUCCCAGUCCCCAGACCGGCUGGUUCAGCUCUCAAUUUGCAGAUCAGCUGCAGACUCACUGAGCACAGACUCCGCCAUCUGGGCACCUCUCAUUGGCCUGUGGAUUCACCGCCCCUGGACUGGGCUCAAAGCCCAGCCAUUCCCAUAACUACACCUGGCUCGAUCUCCACAUCCUCUGCUCCGAGCUCCAGGCUCUGGGGAAGUCUGGAACCUUCCAGCCAGGGACCAUGGGCACAAUGGCACCUGUCCUGCUGCCCCUGCUGCUCCUUUUGGGCCCUGCAGUCCCCAAGGAGACCCAAGCUGGGCCUUACACUCUGAGCUUCCUCUACACCGGGCUGUCCAGGCCCGGGAAAGGCUUCCCCAGCUUUCAGGCCAUGGCCUACCUCAAUGACCAGCCCUUCUUCCGCUACGAGAGCGAGGGCAGGAAGGCUGAGCCCCUGGGCCCCUGGAGCCAGGUGGAAGGAAUGGAGGACUGGGAAAAGGAGAGCGAGCUUCAGAAGGCCAGGGAGGACAUCUUCAUGGUGACCCUGAGAGACAUCAUGGACUAUUACAAGGACAGAGAAGGGUCGCACACCUUUCAGGGCAGGUUUGGCUGUGAGCUCCGGAACGACCAGCGCCAGGCAGCGUUCUGGAGGUACGCCUACGACGGUCGCGACUUCAUCGAGUUCAACAAAGAAAUCCCAGCCUGGGUGGCUCUGGACCCAGCAGCCGUGAACACCAAGCUGAAGUGGGAGGCCGAAGCAGUCUACCUGCAGCGGGCCAAGGCCUACCUGGAGGAGGAGUGUCCGGGGAUGCUGCGGAGGUACCUGGAACACGGCAGGGGCCACCUGGACCGGCAAGCCCCUCCCUCCGUGUCGAUCACCCGCCACGUGACCCCAGGACAGAACGGGACCCUCAAGUGCCUGGCCUAUGACUUCUACCCAGGAAGAAUCGGUCUGCGCUGGACUGGCGCUGGUGGAGCACAAGAGGCUGAGUCUGGGGGAGACAUUCUUCCUAGUGGAAACGGCUCUUACCAGUCCUGGGUGGUGGUGGGGGUCCCCCCUCAGGACAGAGCCCCUCACUCCUGCCACGUGGAACACAGCAGCCUGGCCCAGCCCCUCACUGUCCCUUGGGCGGGGCUGCAAGAACUGAGGGUGGGAGGCAACAUUGGGACUCCGGCCCAGUAGGUACCCUUGCUGUGGGACAGGAGCCAUGUGAACUCUGGCAAUGCCAGCCAAGGUGAGCAGCCAGGCCCAGGGGGCCGGGGGGUGGAUUCCCAGAAGAGUGCCAGCACUGGGCACCAUCACUGCUAAAUUGCCUUCCCAAAUCCCAUUAUCUAUGAGUAAAAUCAAUCAGCGGUCAUUGCAUGGCCUAGAACACCGUA